AUGGGAGAGAAACCAGAAACCCCGAAGCGGCAUUGCUGGGAAUGCCUUCGGCGCUGUGUUGUUUGUGACUCGACGAGACCAGCAUGCAAUAGGUGCGCGGCAGCCGGAAGUGUGUGCCCCGGAUAUGGCGACGUCAAGCCGACGCGGCUGGUAUGGCUUGCGCCCGGAAAAGUGAAAUCUCGAGUUCGAAGACGAAAAGGGUCCCCGGCUUCGUCUGCUGACCCGGCCGAGCUCCGGGGCCAUACUCAUCCAGUCGCGGCGCCACAUGCCUACCCUAAACAUACCGUCUACGAAUCCAUCCCGCGCUUCGGUGUGAAUACAGACGCCGAUGCCAUGGUUCACGCUGCAGAAUACUGCAAGUUCUACCCACUGCAGAUAAUACCUGCAUUUACCAAGACCUUGUCCCUCUCCGAGAGCUCGGGGACCACCCCGGAAUAUAUCGGAUAUCGCCGUCCCUCGUUCAGGAGUCGAUUUCUCGCCCUGAUUACCUGCGACUGGGGAUGCUUUGUUUUGCCGCAGCUUCAACAGGGUGCUUCCCUAAACUGGCGGCCACACGUCGAGGGCGCCAUCAAGCUGAUCCAACUACGUGGCGGGUUUGCCGCCCUGGCCGACUUCAAAACCUUGGAGCCGCAGCUCCUAUUCCUUUGCUUCAUGGCUGUCCUCGGCAACACCACCUGUCCCGCCUCUGAUCUCUCCAUGACCCCAGCCCACCUCGCCGCGCUCGACGUCAUCCUAAAAUCAACCCUCGCCCCCUUCCAAAUGUGCCCCGCACCACUAUUCGGCGAGAUCAUCCGCAUCAACCACCUCCGUCUGCGGGCCACCCAGCCCACCACCCACCCCAACCCAAAACCAAAACCAGACCAACUCACCCACGAAGCCCACCAAAUCCAUUCCCGCAUCCGCGCCUUCUCCCCCUCGCACUGGGCCGGCACGAAGCCCCGCGCGCGGGAGGACUGGACCCUCGCCGGCCGCAUCUACCACGCCGCCGUGGCGCUGUACUGGGCGUCUGCGCUGCAGAGCGCGGGAGUGCUAGCCCCGACCGCAGCCCUCCGCGCCGAGUGCGCCGAGCACGCCCGCCUGCUGCAAAGCCUGCUCGCGCGCGGGGUCGUGAGCCCGAGGAUCUGGCUGUGCACGCUCUGGCCGCUGGUGGUGCUGGGUGUGCAGGCGGCGGUGAUUGGUGAUGGGGAUGGGGGUGGUGGCCAUGAUGACGGCGGCGGUGAUGGCUGUGGUGAGGGGGUGGGGGUAAUGCCUCUAAGGGACUUCGUCGCCGCCCAGUUGCCUGUGCUGGCUCGGCAGGGUGGUACGUACGCGCCGCUUGUGGCGAAGGGCGUGUUGGAGAGGUUCUGGGCGUCCGGGGAGACGCGGUGGGACGCGUGCUUUGACCGGCCUUAUGCGUUUGUCAUGCAGAUUGCGGUAGAUGUGAGUCGCAUCACGAGCCCCCCAAGUCAGGGUCCGGCUCCGCCCCCCCGGGCAGUCCCUAGCCUCUAG